AUGCCCAAGGCUACCAGCUCCCGCGCCGCCGCGGCCCGCCGGCACAACCCUCUGGCGGACGAUAUUACGGCCGCGGGGCAUGUCCGUACACAGGCCAACAAGAAGGGCAAGAACAGAUCGCAGAACGAGGACGAAGAUGGCGAGAACGGACAGCGCUUUAUCGAUGCAAAGAUGUCGCGCAAGAUUCUGCAGAUCGGUCAGGAAUUGGCGGACGAGGAUGCAGCUGAGACGAAGCGUGCCAUGGGCGCGGGCGAGACGAAGCCCAACCCGGCUUUCGAAUUUGAUACCCGAUUUGACGAAGAGCCUCUCUCUGACGACGAGAAUGAGAAAUAUGCGAAUGAUGAGUGGGUCGACGACGAGGUUGAGGAAGUUGAGGUUGAUCCCAACGACCUCGAUAUGUUUAACAAAUUCAUGCCCGGGGACCAUGAAGAAGAUCCCAUUUUUCAUCCCAAAGACCCUAGCUCCGCUGGCCCUACCAAUCUUGCCGAUUUGAUCUUGGAGAAGAUUGCUGAGCACGAGGCGAGACACAACGGUGAACCCGGUACGCCCAAGAUCCAGGGUGGUGGACUGCCCGAAGACGCCGUUCAGAUCCCUGCCAAGGCCGUCGAAGUUUACGAGAAGGUUGGCAUGAUCCUCUCUCGCUACAAGUCUGGACCUCUCCCGAAGCCGUUCAAGAUUCUCCCGUCCGUGCCGAACUGGCCGACUCUCCUCGACAUUACCCGACCUGAGAACUGGACCGGCAAUGCCGUCUACGCCGGAACCCGUAUUUUCAUCUCCUCAAAGCCCCAUGUCGCCCAAGAAUUCAUCUCUACCGUCCUUCUGGAACGCGUUCGCGAAGAGAUCCACGAGACCAAGAAGCUGAAUGUCCACACCUACAACGCCCUUCGCAAGGCCCUUUACAAGCCCGCUUGUUUCUUCAAGGGUCUGCUUUUCCCGCUCGUCCAGAGCGGCACUUGCUCCCUCCGCGAAGCCCACAUUGUCUCGUCCGUGAUCGCUCGUGUUUCUAUCCCGGUUCUGCACUCCGCCGCCGCCCUUCUUCGCAUGUGUGAUCUCGCAGCAGAGCAAUCCAUGCGCUCUUUGGAGAGCACUGGUGCUGUCAACACCUUCAUUCGGGUCUUCCUGGAGAAGAAGUACGCUUUGCCUUACAAGGUCAUUGACGCCCUGGUAUUCCACUUCCUGCGCUUUCGCGCCGAUAACGGCGAUACCAUGAUGGGUGAUGGCCCUGGCAGCAGCAAGGCAUAUAAGCUGCCUGUCCUGUGGCACCAGUCUCUGCUAGUCUUUGCCCAGCGAUACCGUAACGAUAUUACCGAGGACCAGCGUGAGGCUCUGCUCGAUUUACUUCUCGUUCGCGGACACAAGGAUAUUGGCCCCGAGGUUCGUCGUGAGCUGCUUGCUGGCCGUGGCCGUGGUGUUGUCGUUCCCGACCCGGAGGCACAAAAUGCUCUCGAUGCCGGUGACGAUACGAUGGAUGUGUCCAUGUAA